GACAAAUAUAAGAUGGAUAAAGAUUUGGAGAGAAGACUGGAGGAAUUUCGUAAAGCCGCCUCUGCAGUAGCGGAUGAUGUUAUUUUCAAAAUAUUUCCGAUGAAGAUUCUCGAGCUACAAGAGCUCAUUGAUUCUACCAAGUCGCCAUCUUCUCCUUUCCACGAAUCUCAUGGCGUGAUGUCCACAGACGCCACGGUGUACCCACCGCCUGACCCGCGUUCCUCCGAAGGGCCGGAGACUAAGAAGCGCAAACUUGAAGCCGACGAUUUCGAAAAUGUCUCAUCUACUUCAGCUUUGACCCACCCAAACGACGUUUAUUUCGCCAGAUACCCCAACUUGAUUCUCGCAAAUCAGCACCUCGUUAAAGUGUAUGACCGAUUAAAAAAGGAAUGCGAGCAAUUAGCGGAUCUAUGCGACAAGGUGAAAUUAUGGGUCAAUCUCUCAAUGCCAAAAAUCGAGGACGGAGACAAUUUCGGAGUCCAGAUACAAGAAGAGGUUCUCACCGAGAUCCACCGCUCACAGGAGAGCGCAUACAACCUUCGUGACGCAUCUAGGCAAGCGCAUUUGAAUCGUGCUAAAAUCUGCUCGAAAGUUAUCAAAUACCCUCAUGUAGAAGACUACACCCUGGCGAUGAAAGAACUAGAUGAGAAGCUGCUCUACGUUGCACGGCAGAACCUUUAUGACAUUCGGAACAUCUAUGCCAUUCUAAUGGACAUUCUUCACAAGAACAUUGCGAAGAUACGUUCCCCGAAGGGUAACAACCAGUCGGGUUUGUACUGA